GCUCCCCGAGCGAAGCGGCGCCGAAGCAGGUCCCGCCCGCCAUGCUGGAGAAUGGCUCCUUGAGGAACUGCUGCGGCGGCUUCCCGGCGGGGCGAGGGGCUUCGGCGGCGGCGGCGGCAGCAGCGACGACGGCGGCCGGCGGGGCGGCUCCUCGUCCGGGCUGGGUGGCCCCGGCGCUGUCCGGAGUGCUGAUCUUCACCACCGUCGUCGACAUCGUGGGCAACCUGCUCGUCAUCCUCUCCGUCUUCAAGAACCGCAAGCUCAGGAAUUCAGGUAAUGCAUUUGUGGUCAGCCUUGCCUUGGCCGACUUAGUGGUGGCCUUGUACCCAUACCCCUUAGUGCUCACAGCCAUUUUCCACAAUGGCUGGACCAUGGGGGAUACGCACUGCAAAGUAAGUGGAUUUGUCAUGGGGCUGAGCGUCAUUGGUUCCAUCUUCAACAUCACCGCCAUUGCAAUAAACAGAUACUUCUACAUAUGCCACAGUUUUGCUUACGACAAAGUGUACAGCUGGUGGAACACCAUGCUUUUCGUCUGCCUGGUCUGGGUGCUGACAGUCAUUGCAACGGUGCCAAAUUUUUUCGUUGGCUCUCUCAAGUACGACCAACGCAUCUACUCAUGCACAUUCACCCAGACGGCUAGUCCCUAUUACACCAUUGCGGUCGUCGUCAUCCAUUUCAUCCUCCCCAUCACCAUCGUGAGCUUCUGCUACCUGCGGAUCUGGAUCCUGGUGAUCCAAGUGAGGAGGCGAGUCAAAUCGGAAAUCAAGCCGAGGCUGAAGCCGAGCGACUUCCGAAACUUUCUGACCAUGUUUGUCGUCUUUGUGAUCUUUGCCUUUUGCUGGGCACCCCUGAACUUCAUUGGACUGGCGGUAGCCAUUAAUCCAACGGAAAUAGCACCCAAAGUUCCCGAAUGGUUGUUUGUCGUGAGCUACUUCAUGGCCUACUUCAACAGUUGCCUUAACGCAAUAAUAUAUGGACUUCUCAACCAAAACUUUCGGAAGGAAUAUAAACGGAUUCUGCUGUCACUGUGGAUGCCGCGGCUGUUCUUUCAGGACACAUCCAAAGGAGGGACUGAAGCUCAGAAAAGUAAACCCUCCCCUGCUUUAAAUAACAAUGACCAAAUGAAAACCGAUACCCUGAAAUAGAGGGAGGUUACAUGCAAACAGGUGCCUCUCUGAACUGGUAUCAUGUAGGUUUUAAGGUUGUACACUUCGUUGCUGCUUUCCCUGAUUUGUGCGUUCCAUUUGAAUGACAUCCCAUAACAACUGGAAUCCAGUCUUUUCAGCAAAGUGCAUUUGUUUACAUGUUUAUAAUUUAAUAAAGGGGUACCAAUGUGAAGAAUGCAGAACUGAGGAGGAAGGAAAUAAAUCUAAUGUGUUUCUUUAAACAAAA